GUGAGCACCAGAGCGUGGUUCCAGUUGACGUGUUGGUUUGAAGUAGACAUAAACAUUUAACGCAAAAUCGCUGCUCUCUGGUGGGCUUUCAGAACAACGUUGCUGAAAAAUCAUGGGUAAAAAUUAUUAUACCAUUCUUGGCAUCAACUCUGAGGCCAGUGACGAUGAAAUUAAAAAAGCUUAUAGGAAAAUGGCCUUGAAGUUUCACCCGGAUAAGAACAAGGAGCCUAACGCUGAGGAGAAAUUCAAAGAGGUAGCCGAGGCUUAUGAAGUGCUAAGCGACCCAAAGAAGAGAUCCAUUUACGACCAAUACGGGGAAGAAGGUCUGAAGGCUGGAGGAGCCUCCACUGGUGGCCCUGGAAACACGUUCCAUUACACUUUUCAUGGUGAUCCACAUGCUACCUUUGCAUCCUUCUUUGGUGGGUCAAGUCCCUUUGAUAUUUUCUUUGGAACUCAAGGACGCUCCACUAGAAUGGCUAAUGGCUUUGGACAUGAAGACAUGGACAUUGAUGAUGAUGAUGAUCAUGAUCCCUUCAAUGAAUUUAACCAUUUUGGUUUUAAUGGAAUGAAUGGAUUUAAUCGACGGCAUCCAGACACUCUCCAUACUCGAAGGAAGGUGCAGGAUCCUCCAGUAAUUCAUGAACUUAGAGUAUCCCUUGAAGAAAUCUAUCAUGGUUGUACCAAAAGAAUGAAGAUCACACGUAGACGAUUGAACCCAGAUGGCCGAACCACAAGGACUGAAGACAAGAUUCUGAAUGUUGUUAUUAAAAGAGGUUGGAAAGAGGGCACAAAGAUCACAUUUCCAAGAGAAGGUGAUGAAACGCCAACCAACAUCCCAGCUGAUAUAGUCUUUAUUCUGAAAGAUAAACCUCAUCUUCGUUUCAAAAGGGAUGGAUCCAAUGUAGUUUAUGUAGCCAAGAUCACUCUUAGAGAGGCCUUGUGUGGUUGUACAGUUAAUAUCCCUACAAUUGAUGGCAGAGUGAUUCCCCUACCUUGCAAUGAUGUUAUCAAGCCCGGGACUGUGAAGAGGCUGAGAGGAGAGGGUUUACCAUUUCCUAAGACUCCAAAUCAACGUGGUGACUAUAUAGUUGAGUUUCAUAUAAAAUUUCCUGACAAAAUGCCUCCAACAACAAAAGAAAUCCUGAAGCAACAUCUUCCCAUCUCUUAGAGCUCAAAUCAGAGCAAUAUUUGACAUUGUGCCAGAAGUUUGAAGAAAUCAACAAGGAUCAUACAUUUUCUAAUAUAAUGCAAUAUCUUUUAAAGAAAAUUAUAAGUUAUAAAAAAAAGCUUUCAGUUCUUUAAUAUGCUAAGCCUCAUGAGCAUAAUGAUGGUAAGUGGAAAAAGAACUGUUGAAUCUGUUGUAGUUUCAAAAAAAAACGUAAUGCAUACUGAAAUCAUUUCUUGUCAGUAUUUUGAGGGUGUGGAGCAAAAUUAGAUUAACAUAUGUAUGUACUUGAAACAUUAUGGUAUGGAGAUAGAUUUCCAAAGCUGGAUUUGAUCAAUGCAGAGCAAUUAGUGAAGCAGCUAAAAGAUCUGCAUGGUAAACUAAUAUUGUAAUUUGACAGAUGAAUUUGAAGUGUAUUAUUCUUCAACAAAAGAAAUGUUAAAUAAUUGUAAACUAAAAUAGUAGUAUUAGUGCACAGAUCAACACAGUGCCAUAGAAUGGUGCAUUUUGUUUGAACUAUGGGAUAACUUGAGCAAGUUUACAAAAAAAAUCACUACCAAGAAAAUUUCAAGUUUUGUAAAGCUGUAUAAAAUAUAGCAUUAUUGGUCGUAGUUUUAUUUUUACAGAAUUGCACAAUUUAAGGGGAUAAAUUACAAAUCACAUGCAUUUGGUCCAAUUUUCUGGAAGCAAUAGAACCAGUCUACAUUUAAUAGCUCUCAUUUCAAGCAAGUUAGAUUUUGAGAAGCCAUAUGUACUUCAAAACUUAAUACAAAGGUUAAAACUGUUUUUAAAUCUAGUUACUUUUGGUGAUGAUAUACGAACCAAAUGCAAUAUUUCAGAAAAACCAAGCAUCAUCUUGUAGAGUUAUUUUUGAGCAACAAGGCGAGUAGCUUUGGAAGCUGUAGUACACUGCUUUUAAAACUGAAGCUAGAACUCCUACAUUUGGGAAAUUUAUUAAAACUCUUGAGAAAUAUUUAUCUUCAAUGUUUAUCACUUGUCAAAUGUCUGACUUUGUAUUUCCUAAUUUUUUUGUGUGAAUUCCUAAAUAUGCUGUUGUGUUUCUUUUCCCCCCAACUUUCUGCUAACAGUCACUGCAAUUCUUUUACCUGAGAUAAUAAGACUUGUUUUAAGUUUAUCUUGUUUUAUGUAAUUUUAUGAAUUAUGCCACUUUUUAUUCAUCCAGUUUUUCCUUCAUUACCAUACAGAUUUUGAUAUUGGGUUUUAUAUUUGCCUUUUCAAUUGGACAGUAACCGUCAUUUGAGAAACUUGUUUGCAAUAUUCAGACCAUUAUUCUCCAUCUUAAGCAAACUGCUGGCUCCUGUCCAAUGAUCUUUAAUCUGUUUAGAGAUUUAUUUUAGUUUCAGUCAUUUAUACUAGUGCCAUGGCUUAAAUUAGCACAUUCAAGACCUGGUCAGUAGUUUCAAAGCCUUGCAGAGCAAGGAGAUGAUGUAAGCAAGGGAGGAAUUUAUUCUGGGCAAUUUACAGUUAAAAUGAUUUUACACUUUGCUUAGUACCAGCAUCUAAGAGGCUUUCUGUCCAUGAAUACAAUAACCUUGUGAUUUUGUAAACUCUUUUCUUUACGGGAUGCCUACACUAGUUCAUUAUUUUAUCAAAGCAAAAUUAUUUAUGAUUGCUUUGUUUACACCACCCCACAAUCAAAUUAAAUUGCCAAUUAGAGAAGGAAAAGUGCAAUCAGUACUGACUAAAAGCUCAAAAAUGUUACUACUUUGCGUGCAUAAGACUGCAUAACUGUGGCCUAUGAAUCACUGUUCAUUACUGUGAAAAUCUCAUAAAUUUGUGAAUUUUAAAGAAUAGUUCACGGUUCUUCAUUACCAGUAAAAGAUACUGUGCAGCUUUCGCCACUAGGUAAUUUCUAAACCGGCCUUUUGCAAAUCUAGUAAAAUUGACAAGAAACAGAGUGCCCCUUUACACUGGUAUUUUGUAACAAAACUUUGUAUUGUCCUAAUAGGAAAGGAAUGAAAGUGUAACAGUGCUGCUUGAGGAAGAAUGUUGAACCUUAUUCUUGAAUAUUUUUUAUUGAUUUUAAAUAGACUUUCAAAAGAGGAGCAAUCCGCAUUGUUCUUGUUUUUCAAACCUAUAAAGUCACUGUUUAAUACUUCAUCUGUACUUCUAAUUCUUAAAAAUAAACUGCAU